CAAGCCCCGGUUUUACUUCACUCAGUACAGGAAUGAAACGUAGACUUCCUGUUUUUGGUUUAAGACAAAACUAGGGGAUGGGAUUAAAACCAAAAUAAUACUUUCGGAGUUUUAAUCCUUUAAAUGGCUUGAAGACUGUUUUUUUAUUUGUUACGACGCGAGAAUUCAGAUAUUUUGGAUGGAUCAAAUUGGGCAGAGGAGAGCAUGGACAGCUCAGUGACCCUGUGGCAGUUCCUGCUGCAGCUGCUGCUGGACCCUGGCAAUGAGCAGCUCAUCUGCUGGACCAACGAGGAUGGCGAGUUCAAGCUGCUGCAGGCUGAGCAGGUGGCCAAGUUGUGGGGCGCUCGCAAGAACAAGCCCAGCAUGAACUACGACAAGCUGAGCCGAGCCCUGCGCUACUACUACGACAAGAACAUAAUUAAGAAAGUAAACGGGCAGAAGUUUGUAUACCGCUUCGUCUCCUACCCGGACAUUUUAAAAGCUGAUUACGCAGCCCGAGCUGAGGGGACCGAAGCGAGUCCCCUUCCUUCUCCCGAGCAACAACCAAACAAAGGCCAACCAGUGGGCAACAAACCGACCAAGGACACCUUCAAACCUGGCAGUGCGGCUCCGAGCCAACCCAAAUCGUCUGGCCGGAACGACUACAUCCACUCAGGUCUGUACACGUCCUUCACGUUGACCUCUCUCCAGUCAGGAACGCAGCUCUUCAAGUCCAUCAAAAUGGAAAACCCAGGAGAGAAGAUGGCAGAGAAGAAGGAAGCCGCGCAGCCUCCGUCGGUCAUCAAAUUCGGGACUUCGCCUCUGUUGAAAGCGCCUACACAGAGCGUGAUGGAGAAGCCGACUCUGCCCGCGCAGCCGAUUCAGCCCCCGAUCCAGACAUCAGAGCCCGAGGAAAAGCAGCUCACUCCCACCACGCCGCUCGAGGUGAACUCUGGUACUGACGCAGCACCAAUGAACAUCAUCCUCUCAGGCAUUUCUCCUUCUCUGGGAUGUCCCUCGCCCUCUCCCAGCACACUCGCCGACUCCAAGGAGCUGAUCAUUGACACAGACGUCGAGUCCAUUUCCUCUCAGCCUACAGAGCUGCAGCUACAGGUUCAGCCCUCAUCUGAAUCCAGCUGUUCGGACUUGUCUCUGUACCUGAGCCGUAGUCAGAGCGGCAAAACGUCAAAGAAGCCCCGAGGGCUGGAGAUCAUGCCCACGCUUUUGGUGAGCAGCUCGGACUUGAGUCCACUCAACCUGUCCAGUCCGUCGCUCCCUACAGCCUCGCUCACGCCGGCCUUCCUGCAGAGGCUUGUUAUUCGGACAGUAGAUGGCAGUAACGCACCAGUUUUGGAGACACCCUUGUUGCUCACACCAAGCCCUCUGCUCUCCAACAUCCAUUUCUGGAGCACGCUCAGUCCCGUUGCUCCCAUCAGCCCGGCCCGAAGACAAGGCGCGCACACACUCUUUCAGUUUCCGUCCGUCCUGAGCUCCAGCCAGUUCUCAGUGCCGGUACACAGUCUGGACGGCACCAACACGCCAGGACCGAUUUCUCCAGAUCCACAGAAGACAUAAGAGGAUAAAAAAAAGGAAGAAAAAAAAGCAAAAUAGACUGCUGCGAUUGGUGGGUUUGCCUUUACACAAAACAUCCUCAUCCCACACCUUUGUUUGUCCGUGUUAAGAUGCAGACCCACCGCGUGUUACCUGUUGACCAAAUUCUCCCUUCUGGUGACGAAGGCGAUAAGUAAUUAGGACCUUCAUUACGGGUUUCAUGUGGAACUUCGUCUUCAGCCUGGAGGGAGAGUUGUGAUGGUGUUCUCUUUGCUCAAAUGGUCGUCGAGCCAUCGAAGCGUAGUUCCCGAAAGGAUUAGUGUUAACUUCUCCGUCAUUUCAAUUUGCUAGUGUUUGUGUUGUUUUCGGAGAUUGGCUUUCAGGGAAUCACUGUUAUCGCAGUUUGUUUCUUCAGGAGUUUUCACUCCUAUUACAGCGAUUCUUACGUGACACUGAUUUUCUUUUUAUACUUUCUACAUAGGGAUGCAUCGAUUGCCCUGACCAAGUAUGUUUCUUGGUGCUCGUAGAUACCGAAAUGAGUAACCUGCUUAGUAUCUAAUCACAUACAGACCAUUUUGCUUAUUUUAUGUUGCCCCAGUUUAAACAGCGAUCAGGAAACCAUAUUCUUUGUAUAAAAGUUAGCCAAGUUGAUUUUAAAGCAUAUUAGCUACCUAUUUUACUGAUACAAGGUGACUAUCGAUGCAUCCCUACUUCUCCAUCGUGAGGCGUCAUAUGUAAAUUGCCUCUCUGUCAGGUCAAUCCAUUCAUUUUGCACCUUUUUUUUUGUUGUUGCCAUAAAUCUACAAGCAACUUGAUACACAAACACUUGUAUCAGUCACUUAACAAUGCACUUACGCACUAAUUAAGCCUCAGACAUUUAAAACUCUUUUCAGAAAUAUCGCGAGAUUGUAAUCUAGUUUGGUUAUGACAAAAUAAGACACAGGGACUCUAAACAUCCAGAUGCUUAUUUUUGUAUCGGCUGUUCAAAUACGGUUUAUAGCAAUCCUACUAUUUUUCAAGAGAUAUAUUCGUAUAUCAUGGAGGUUUCAAGACAUAAGUUGAAUUCAGGUGUCAAAAGUGAAUAAAAAAAAAAAGAAUAUAUAUAAAUAAAUAAAUAAAAACAGCCCUGGAUUCUUCUGGAAAAGCUAUUUUUGUAACUUUACAGACAAAGAAAUAGAAAGAAUAUCUGGAAAUUAUAUUUAAGCCACUAGACUUUCGAAUUUUUUAAUGCUUUUAAAAAAAAUUAAACAUUAAAAUAGUCAAAAUGUAAAUUUUGGCAGGCGCCACGUUUCUAAUUCACCGCAUCGAAUUCAGAUUCAAUUAGGCUGAAAACUCAAUAGCUGAAUCUGUGCUUUACUUUUACAUACAAUCUUGAAUCUGAAUUGAAGUGUUGUGCCACCAGAAAAUAAAUAAAUAAAUAGAACGUGAAAUUUGUGCAUAAUAUUAUUUUCAAAUGUGUAUUAUAAUAUGAAUCUGGUUUUAAAAGACUUGCAUACAGGUUCAGUUUGGUUGAACUUAAUUUCACAUGCAAGCAUAAAGGAGUAGAAAUAUAUAUAAUAGAAGCAAAUAUUUAAUAUUUAAAGUAAAUUUAAAUAUAAAUGAAAUGUAUGAAAUUCAAGUUCCGAUUGGUGCAAAUAUUCUGUAGAAACAAGGCAUAGAUUUACAACUGUGUAAAACAGCCAGGUCUUUUAAUUUGGUACUUUUGUUGACAAAUUGACAACAGCUAAUUUCUAUGGAAUGAAAAAUGUCACUACAAUCUGAAUUUAAAAGUAUAAUUUUGCAUUUCUAAAUGAACUUUUAUAGUUGAAUUACAUCAAAUUGAAAUUGUAUUCCAUGGUUUGAAUGUGUGCAUGGUUUCAAAUUUAGUUUUAUAAUAAUCAGGUAUAGAAGACUCAAAUUAGUUUUUUGGUGGCACAGUCCAUUUCAGACUCAGUUCUUCAAAUUCAGACUUGAAUUUUCAAAACAUGACUGAAUUGGCUCAGACUGAAUUGAGAAGUCAAAUAUGUGCUCCUUUGUUUUCCUGAAGUCCCCAGAUGUAGUGUUUUGAAAAAAAUUCUACACUUGAUUAUCAUCUUGUAUUUGAAGCCUUGGACACAAAUUCCAGCCAUGGAAUACACUAUUAAUGAUUUCAAUCAACUACAAAACUUUAUUUCCAAAUUCAUGUAAAGAUUUGUAGGUAACACAUAAAUUCACACUGUAGUGGUAUGUUUCUCAUUCCAUAAGUUUCCACCUUCUACAAUCUACAAUUCUACAUUUGCAGCGUGGCGUCUUUGUCAAAUAAAUUUCUUUCGAUUACUAAAGCCAGCAAAUUCCUACAGCUAUGAUGAAAUCCAGGAAAUACAUAUCUAAUAUUUGCACAAUGCAAAAUCCUACCUCUAUCAUUGUGUUGAAUUAGGAUCUCGUCAAGCCACGACUCAAACGCAGAACUGGAUUCACGGCCACACGCAGCCUGGCAUUGUUAUUCGCUCAGUGCACACGCGCACUGCGAGCACUUGAAGAGCAAAUUAACCUAAAGCUCAGUGUCAAAUGUGUGACAGAGUAAAAGAUUAUGAAACGGAAAUUAUUUAGCAUCUCAGACUGAGUCUCAGGUAUGUUAAAUACUUUCAAAUACCAAGCACUUAUGCAGUGUGUGUGGAACUUGACGUGCAGUGAUUAACUUUAUAAACAAAGCAUAGUUAGAGAACAUGGGCAUUAUAAAUACACAGCCAAUAAUAAAACUACAUAAAAAAGAUGGAUAAAAAGAGGCAAAAUAAACAAGUGACUUAAUUUGAUUUUAGUUUUAGAAUUUCAGCUAAAAUAAUUUUUUUGAUGAAAACAAACAAAAAAAAAACCCAGACAUCAAAGCUGUUUUUAAAAAGUCAUGCAAAAUAUAGCUGCUAAAUUUUUCUAAUAAGCAUUCUUUCUAAUGCUUAUGUUACGAUUACUAAGUAACAAAUAUAAAUACAUAAUCAACAAGAUUUGCUUUAUUGGUUUAUAACAAAAUUAACAUUUAAAUGUUCAUCAGUUAAAACUAUUU